AAACUGUGUUUAUAGUUAAGAGUUACAUUAGAGUUAUAUCCUCAGAUGGGUUUUCGAAUAUUUGUUCCUAACUCUGCAUAAUACGUCUCGUUUUGAAGAGAAAAAAAAAACACGUUGUUAUUAUCCUUUAACAAGUUGUGAUAAUCGUAGACACCAUGAAGAUUAACGUUAAAGAGACAACGAUGGUGCGUCCGGCCAAAGACACGCCUGGAGGGUCUCUCUGGCUGUCCGAAAUCGAUUUGUUUUUCCCCAAUAUCCACAACAACAGCGUCCAUUUCUUCAAGACGUCCAUGGAUACAAAUCCAUUGAGCAUGGAUGACAUAACUAGGAUCCUCAAACAGUCUCUAAGUGAAGUACUUGUCCAUUUCUAUCCCGGGGCUGGUAGGCUCGGGAAAGACGAGAAUGGUCGGGUUCAGAUCGAGUGUAACGCGAAAGGCGUGACCUUUGUGGUGGCUGAAGCCGAUUGUACUCUAGACGAGAUGUUAGAUAUUGGGGAGUCUGGUCCUGUCUCCAAGUUUAGGCCUCUUAUUCAACCCGUUGAUUACUCUCAGGACAUAUCUUCCUUCCCCUUAAUCCUCGUUAAGGUGACAUAUUUCAAAUGCGGAGGAAUGUGUCUAGCGGUGGCACAACACCACUGGGCAGUGGAUGGUUCAUCAGCUGUGCAGUUUAUCAACUCGUGGGCCAGCAUGGCUCGUGGUCAACCCAUCGAUGAACCGGUCCAUGACCGCAAAUGGAUCAGUAACCAAGCCUUGCCAUCUCCAAAGUUCGAUCACCCUGAGUAUGACACUAACGCCAUCUUCGGACAUGUAAAACCUAAUCCAGUUCCCGUUGACAUUUCCACCGCGUAUCUCAGAAUCUCCACCCAACAUAUCCAUGCCCUGAAGGAGAAGGCAAACGCAAACGCAGAAAAAGCUGACGCCCACGGAAAAAAGUUCAGCGUCUACGAAUCACUCGCUGCCCACCUUUGGCGUUGCGCGUGCAAAGCACGUGGGCAUCCAGAUGACCAGAAGACAUCACUUGUCUUCCCUGUAAAUGCACGUCCUAGGCUAUGUCCACUUGUUCCUAGAGGCUUUUACGGAAAUGCCAUCCAGAUGUCAGCUCCGUCAGCGUUUUCUGGCGAGCUUUUGAAGGAAACAUUAUCUUCCACGGCGGGUAGGUUAAGGAAGUCAAUAAACGAGAAAGACAACGAAUAUAUAAGAUCCGGGAUCGCUUACUUGCGUGACAAUAAAGUGAUCGAUGGUUUUUCGGGUAGAUCAUCGUUUCGAAACCCUAAUCUCGGUGUUGUGAGCUGGAGUCAGAUGCCGAUGCAUGCCAUGGAUUUCGGGUGGGGCCCUCCGGUCUACGCUGCGCCGGCCAGUAUAAGGAGCGAAGGUAAAAUCUACGUUCUGUCUGCAUCUUCGAAGGAGGAUAGCUUGGCGCUCUACGUUUGCUUGGAGACUUCACACAUGGAGCUCUUCAAGAAGACUUUCUACGACAUUUGAUGAAACUAUCAUCAAUGAUUUCGUGUGAUUACGUGGAUUUUAAUUUAAGUUUCAAUUACUCAUAAUGCAAUAAUAAGUCCAUGCGGUUCGCCACGAGACCCAUCAUGGGCAUUUUCUUGGAGGGUUCCUUAGUGUCCGUUUGUUUGUUUGUUUGAUAAAUUAAGUGUAGU